CUCCCUUUUACAUUUCAGAAUCUAGUUAGACUUCUUCGUGCAAAGGUUUUUACUAUAGCUGUGCGAUUUCUUUCGUCGCGGUGCAAUUCUCGAAAGCUUGUUUUUAUUGCGUACAUACAUAUUUUUGCAUAUUAAUUAUUAGCAUACUCAGCAAAUGAUUCUGCGCAUUGUGUAGAAAAAGUGAAAACAAGAGGAAUUUGCGAAUAUGCACCUGUAGCUGCAUUGCGAAACAACAACAAAGUCUGCAGCAUAUCAGCGCGCGCUAGAUCCCGAGGCGAAAGUGGGACAAUAACCAAAUCAACUGCAAAAAACAAAACAGCUGUUGCUUGUGAUUACUGCAAAACCAGCCAAUUCAGCAUCGCCAUCAAAAUCAUAUUACCGAUUGAAUAGCGUGUGAUAAACUAAACUAUAAAUUGCCAAAUACUAACGCAAGCAGAAUGGCGGACAUAAACGAAUUGAUUGGGUCAUCAUUUGUGCGUGUUAAGCUCGUCGCUUUUGUACACUUCUUCUUCAUCACAAAUGCUAUGCUAGGAACGUGGGGACAUGGAGCUUAUGAGUUUUACAAUUUCCUCUUUAUUAUUUCCAUGCUCUGGGCAAUGCAUUGCAAGGAAUCUAUUGAAGCGGCACAAGUGGCGCUCGUUAUAAACGCUUCAAGUAUAUUCUUUGAUUUGAUAUGCAUAAUAGUAUAUUUCAAUUUUAUGAAUGGCUGGGCGGUUGCUUUCUCUAUUAUCAACUUAGUUCUACGCCCCAUCACUGUUAUACUACUAUACAGAGAGUUUAGUGCGCGCGGUGGCAGUCUACAAACCGGCUCCGUUUUUCCCACCACACAACAGCGCACUUACCAGGACAUAGAUCGACCAACACAGCCUACACCAACCAACUCUCAGCCUGGACCCAAUGUUGCUAGUAUCUUUUAAGAAUUUGGAAAGAAAACCAGCAUAGAGU